GGAAGAUGGCGGAUGACAAGGAUUCUCUGCCCAAGCUUAAGGACCUGACAUUUCUCAAGAACCAGCUGGAGCGCCUUCAGCAGCGUGUGGAAGAUGAAGUCAACAGUGGUGUAGGCCAGGAUGGCGCAGUCUUAUCCUCCCCAUUCUUCAAGGGAUUCCUGGCAGGAUACGUGGUGGCCAAACUGAGGGCAUCAGCAGUAUUGGGCUUUGCAGUGGGCACUUGCACUGGCAUCUAUGCAGCUCAGGCAUAUGCUGUACCAAAUGUGGAGAAGACACUGAAGAACUACUUUAGGUCACUACGAAAGGGGCCUGACUAGACCCUUUGGGGAAAGCAGGAUG